GCUUCGGCGAACGCCCACACCAUAUGCAUUUCAACAAACACUCGCCGGACAUCUUCUCAUGCCCGCCACUAAGCUCAAAAACCUCGGCAACCUUUUCCGUUCCGCCUCUAAAUUCAAAACCGCCACCGCCACCUCGGCUGAGGACGUUGCUCUGAAAAAAUACGUUUCCUCUAUAAAUGUCUCCACCUCCGACACUAUCCGCAAGCAGUUACUCAACUACAAGGCACCUAAAUCAGACGUCUCUUCUUCUUCUAGUAUUGAUACUGCUUCUUUUCUCAAGCCUCUCGGGGGUAUCGGUGGGAUCGGAAACUUGAAGCUUCUCUCUGCUGCUGAUAACGACGAGUCGGCGAGGCUGCUGUCGGAGGAGAUAUCUGCAAUAUUACGUGGUGAGCGAGAUUACUAUGUGGAUGGCUCAUAUGAUUCAGCAAGUGAUAGUGAAGAAUCUUUCAGCAAUGUUUUGCAUGAUCCGUGGAUCUCACGCUCAGCAGAAAACAACAUAUCUCUGCGUAGGAAAGAAAUAUCCCGGGAGCGAAAGCAGAAGUGGAUCUUUAGCAGUAGUCAGAAAAAUCGUUUUGACCGACUAACAACAAUGUGUGGGGAGAAGUUGGGGCCAGAUGCGACCAUUCAGAUACUUGGUAAAUUGGGACGAGGAACUGGAUUGAAAGAAUUUAAUGCUUUAAUUCGACUGUGCAUAGAAACAGCCAGGAAAACUGAUGAUGAAGAAGUUUCCCUACAGCAGAUUUUCAAGGCUUACAAAAUUUUUGAAUGGAUGAAGGAAUUGGGAUUCCCAAUAGGGGAAACUACUUAUGGUCCCUUCCUUAGGUAUCUUAUUGAUUUUGGCUUGGUUCCUGAGUUUCACUUCUUCUGUGAACUAAUCAGAGACGAGAAUUCACUCCCCACAUUAACUUACUAUGAGAUGCUUCUUUACAUUGGAGUGAAUGAUGAAGAAAAGAUACAGGAGCUUUGUUAUAAUCUUGCACUGUAUGAUGGCAACGAUAAAUCCUCCUUUCAACAGAGCUAUCUUUUAGCAUUUUGUGAAAGUAACCGGAAAAAGGAGCUUUUGCCCUUAUUGGAAGCUUUUGACAUUACAAAAGUUUCAUCUAUGGAGCAUUUGGUGAAUAUUUUCAGAUCUUUAGGGAAGCUCUCGCUGGACCUCUUUGCAGAGAGGUUCUUGUUGGCAUUAAAAAUGGAUGAAAUUGGAGCAGAAAAGAUCUCAAACUUCAUCUACAACUAUGUGACUAGCAUACCAAAUUUAGCAGUUGAAGAUGUCCUUGUCAAGUUUAAAACUUUGCUAGCAAAAUUAGAACUGAUGCCUUUGUCUGAGCAUUAUGAAAAGUUUAUUCAGUAUUGCUGUGAAUUGCUCAAGGUACAUGAUGCGCUUAACAUUGUAGAUGAGAUGUUAAAAGUAGGAUUUACCUUGUCAUUGGAUACAUUUCAUUCCCUGUUGGAUGCCUGCGAGGAAAGCAGGGAGUAUAAUUUGGUUCGUCGCCUCUAUUCCAUGAUAUCUUGCCAUGACUUGAAACCAAGUACUGAAACAUUCAGGAGGAUGAUAAAUCUCAGUGUGAAAAUGAAAGAUUUUGAAGGUGCGUAUGGCAUGAUAGUGGAUCUGGAUAAAUUGAAUUUGAUGCCUACAUCAAACAUAUACAAUGCCAUAAUGGCUGGAUACUUCCGUUAUAAAAACAUUAAUGGUGCAUUGAUGGUUCUCAAACAAAUGAAAGAUGCAGAUGUGAAGCCAGAUUCCCAGACAUACAGUUACCUUUUAGUCAACUGUGACUCUGAAGAGGAUAUUGAUAAGAUUGUUGAAGAAAUGAAGCAGUCUGGAGUUCUCAUCACGAAGAUUGUUUUUAUGUCCCUCAUCAAUGCAUAUGUAUCAUGUGGACAAUUUGAAAAGGCUAAACAGGUAAUGUUGGAUAAACGAAUACCAGCCAAGAGCUUGAAUGAAGUUAAAAGUGUGUUUGUUUCGGCUCUUGCAUCACAUGGACAGAUGUCUGAUGCUCUCAAUCUGUAUGAAGAAAUCAAGCAAGCAGAAGGUCGUUUGGAGCCCAAGGCAGUUAUUAGUUUGAUCGAACAUCUCCAAUCGGAAGGUCAAUUGGACAGAUUGCUUCAGUUACUCAAGGAAUUGGAUAACCCUGAUUACUGGUUUGAUGGGUGCUUUAGGGUUGUUUUAUACUGUAUUCGGCAUGAGCAUCUAACCUCUGCAGUUGAUUUGCUUAGGCAACUAAAGCAGAGUGUCAUUUCUGAUGAUGCAGCAACAGAAAAUGUCUUUGAUGAGGUGUUUUGCCAAAUUGCUGAGAAAGAGCCAACAGAUAUGCAUUUUGGCUUGGCCAUGCUUCAAGCUGUCAAAGACCUUGAUCUACGCCCCUCACGGAAAAGUCUUGAUUUUCUGCUUACAGCUUGUGUUAGUGCCAAGGAUUUGGAAUCUUGUUUUCUUAUUUGGAAAGAGUACAAGGCAGCUGGUCUUCCAUACAACGUUCUAAGUUUUGUAAGGAUGUAUCAGGCCCUUUUGGCAUUGGGCGAUCAUAAAUCUGCACAAAGUAUUUUGAAUAAAAUACCAAGAGAUGAUCCUCAUGUUAGCCGGGUCAUCCAGGAAUGUCAGGCAACAUUUACUGGAUCCCUUCCUUCAAAAGGAAAGAAAAAGAAAAAGAAAAAGAAGAAAAAUGUAAAGGUGUAAUAUUCUUCCUUAGUUCUUCAAUCCGAAUUUAGGAAGUUCAGAGGCAUAAUGUUCUCCUGCUGUUGAAAUAUUAUCUCGUUUCAUUAUUUCCAUUUCCAUCUUU